AUGACGAAUUUCAUAUCACAGCUUCUUCCUAGUACCACCUGUGGGAUGCUGGGUCGCUGGCUCUCAAGGGGUCGUUUCUUCCAGUUCCCAGAGCAGAGACCCGGUUAUGUUCUUCCCGAAUGCUAUUCAUCAAUGGCUGUAUCCCGGGAGUCGGUACAGCAAGAGAUAUCCAGCAAGAGCGAGAAUUGCACAGUCGACCCUGAGAUGGCUAGCAGGACGAUGCUUGUAACAUGGUAUGAUGCUACGGACCCGGCGAAUCCACACUGCUGGCCGCGGUGGAUCAAGUUCAUGGUCUAUUUCCAAAUCAACUUUUACACUCUCGUCGUCUACAUGGCCUCCUCAAUUUUCUCUGCGGCUCAGUCACAGUUCGAGACCAUAUACGGACUAUCAAAAGCACAGGGAUCCCUUGGUCUAGGGCUUGUUCUUCUAGGGUAUGGACUCGGGGCUCUCCUGCUAAGUCCGCUCUCUGAAAUUCCCACUAUCGGUCGAAAUCCGCCGUAUACCAUAUCUCUAGCACUCUUCGUGCUGGUCAGCGGCCUUGCAGUGAGAGUUGAUAGUGCUGCCGGAUUCCUGGUAUUGCGGUUCCUUCAAGGCUUCUUUGGCUCGCCAUGUCUGGCUACUGGUGCUGCUUCACUGACGGAUAUCACCGACAUCAUCAAUAUCCCCUAUGGGAUUUGGAUCUGGGGCACAUUUGCUGUUGCUGCGCCUGCGGUGGCGCCUAGUAUAGCCGGAUUCAGUAUCACUGCGCACGACUGGCGGUGGUCCAUGUGGGUGGUCCUUUGGGGUGCAGCGCCGUGUCUUAUAUUCUUGUUGUUCCUCCCCGAGACAUUCGGCCCUGCAAUUUUACACGCGCGGGCUGCACGCCUUCGAGCCCUCACUGGAGAUGAUUCCUUCAGGGCCCCCUCCGAGAUGGAGAGCAGCAGAUACUCUCCACAGGCCAUCGUCAAUAAAGCGCUGGUCAUUCCAUGGAAAAUCAAUGCCCUGGAUCCAGCUAUCCUGUUCACAACCGUGUAUACUGCCCUCGUCUAUGCCAUCUUCUACUCCUUUUUCGAGGUCUUCCAGCUCGUCUACCAAAAGAUAUACCACAUGGAUGUCGCGCACAUGGGCCUCGUCUUCCUCGCCGCAGUCGUAGCAGCCCUCCUCAUUAUGCCAUUCUAUGUCCUCUUCAUCCACUACGCCAUCGCCCAACCUAUCCGGACCAGUAACACCUCCCCACCACCAGAACGCCGCCUCAUACCCGCCCUCGUCAUCGCCCCCUUCGUCCCAGCAGGAAUGUACCUCUUCGCCUGGACCUCACGAUCCGACAUCCACUGGACCGUCCCCACAGUGGGAUUUAUCCUCAUCAUGGCCGGCGUGAUUACACUGAUGCAGUGUAUGUUCGGGUACAUGGCCGUAGCAUACCCGCAUUACUCGGCCAGCCUGUUUGCCAUGAAUGACUUUGCGCGCUCGACUCUCGCGUUUGCGGCUGUGUUGUGGUCUGGGCCGCUUUAUGCGCAUUUGGGGGUUGAGGGCGGGACGAGUCUUAUUGGGGCUUUGACUGUGCCGUGUGUGCUGGGGAUUUGGGUGUUGUAUUUUUGGGGGGAGAGAUUGAGGAAAAGGAGUCGGUUUGCGGGGUGA